UCUCUGCUGUCAUGUGGGCGAAGGAAGCUAAACCGAUGAAGAGGGCUAGUUGCCUUUACUUGAUUAAAUCUUGAUUCUAUCAAAUGAAUGCCGUCGAUUAAUCAUUCGUAAAACGGCUCAGUGAUUUCGGACGUCUUUUUUUUAUUCACCGUGCGUGUACAGCUUUGAACGCACCCGUGUUGUCAAGCGGGAGUCGGCAAAAAUAAGCGAAGACACCCUGUCAGUGCCCAGAGAGAGAGAGAGAAACACAGAGAGAGAGAGAGAGAGGGAGACGACGAUGGUGUGUGAGCUGCGGAGAGAAGAUAUCUGAUGAAAAAUUACUGCAACGUUACAGAUACUGGCAUGGAAGACAAGGCAAAUGGCUCCGUUGGCACCAAAAGCCCGGUGGAGAACGGCCAGCUGCCGGACCCCGCCAACUGGGGGGUCGCCGACGUCGUCAACUACUUCAAAGCCACGGGGUUUGAGGAGCAGGCCACCGCCUUUCAGGACCAGGAAAUUGAUGGCAAGUCCCUGCUGCUAAUGACGCGCAACGACGUCCUGACGGGACUGUCGAUAAAGCUCGGCCCCGCACUGAAAAUCUACGAGUAUCACGUGAAGCCGCUGCAAACUCAACACCUCAAGACCAACGCCUCGUAGCCCCCGCAGGCCAUCCCAGCACCCAACUCAGUGACAAUCAUUGUGUCCGGAGACCCCAGGUUAGCUGCCACUUCACUAAGACCUCUCUGGCCACAGUGGCACCUUGACAGAAUUUGAAUGCUGUAGGUUUUUAUAAGCGUGGACUGCAAGAAAAUAGCAGCUGUUUACCCUUUGAUCCAUUCUCGUUUCUGCUGCUUGAGAUACAGUAUGCUUUUUUUUUUUUAUGUGUGUUUGUUUUUUAUUUGAAAGAAGGUACAAAUACUGUGCAGGUCUGAUUUCUGUGAGUGAGUGUGUGUGUGUGUGUGUGUACGUACAUAUGUUUGCACUUGUACAAAGUGAAUUAACCCUUGCUGGUUCAAAAGGAAAAAAAAGUAUUUGUAUAAAAGAUGAUAAACAGUUUUCAACUGUAUAUGUUGUACCUGGAUAUUUUGAUACCUGCAGAACAUGAUUCCCUAAAAUCGGUCAGUAUGCUCUGAACAGUGCAGCUGAGUCCAUGAAACGUUCUUAGCAUGUAACAAAGAAGCAUUUUGUUUUCCUAGAAACGAGCCAAACAAAAAACUCUUUGUUGCUGCACACCUGCAUUAUCUAGGCACAAAGCUUAGUGUAUAUAUAUUCUUAUAUUCCUACCUGUGGUGCUUUCACAAAUGUUGCAAAGACAACUGUAUUGAAGCGUGUAUGACCAAUGUAUAUGUGCAACAUAACACUGGAUUUUGAAUAUCUGAAUCAAAGAUUUGCAAUAAAUGGUGCUCUUUUCUC